ACUCUCAAGAUGUUUUCAAAGAGAGUCCUCAUCUCCCUCGCGGCGUAUGCUGCUGCAUUCCCGGCCCCAGAGCCACAGGUUGCAGGCUAUACUGACGCUAAUGCUCCGUACGCGGAUGAUGCGCCAACGCCUGUUACAAAUAUUGCCAGUUCGUUCGGCCCUGGCUCUCAGAUCCCUUACACAGUGGUCACUCCUGCUGUUGCUGCUCCUCCUCGUGUCAGUGGUGCUGCCGGUGUAUUGACUGGGCACACCAGCCAUGGUCCGUAUGAAGGGACGCCUACAACUAUCGGUGCUGUUCAAGCACCCACAACUUUGGGUGCACAGAUUCCGAUGUUGCCGCCGAAUCCAACUGCGACGUAUUACAAUAAAGAUGGAACGCUUCAAGAGCCGGCUCCAGUACCGUACCAGCCAGCUGGUGGUCUAGGAACCAACGGCACUGAGCCACGAUAUAUGGUGAACAGUGACUUCGACUUUGAGUCUCUGUCGCUAGGUCUCUAUCAGGAGUGGAUCGAGCUCGAUUUGUUCAAUAACGGACUAGCAACAUUCUCUGAAGAAGACUUCCUUGCUGCAGGCUUGACGGGUGAAGAUCGCGCUCUCAUCGCGUUCAUGGCCCAGCAAGAAACUGGGCAUGCAACUCUUCUGACCAACAUGCUUGGUGAAGCUGCGCCAGGCCAGUGCACAUACAACUACCCAUACAGCACUGUCCGCGAGUUUGUCGACUUCAACCAGAAAUUAACCAAAUGGGGCGAGUGUGGUGUUUGGGGUUUUAUCAACCAUCUCGACUCUCGCGAAGCUGGUCAACUACUAGCUCAGUCAAUCGCUACGGAGACACGUCAACAAAUGUCGUUCCGCCAGAUGCUCGGGCAGCAUCCUUAUCCCUUCUGGUUUUCGACUGGUAUUCCACAGUCUUGGGCUUGGACAUACUUAGCUCCCUACAUCUCCUCGUGUCCGGAGAAUACCACGCGCCUCGCAUGGCAAAACUUCCCGGCUCUUACCAUCGUUAACCAAGCCAAUCCUAACAGAUGGAAUCCAAACAACACCGCGCCUGGUGAGGUUGUUGGCCAGCGUGUCGCUGAUCCUAGUAACUCGACGAUUCCUGAUGAGGAGAGCUGUGUCAACCUGAACGUGACCGGUUAUGGCUGCGGACCAGCUAUCAGCCGUAAUCGAACGAAUCCUCUUUCAUUUCCCGGAAAGAUUCUGAAUCUCAAAUGGGAAGAACCAGGCCUGGCAGUCGGCCCCAACAAUAGCUAUGUCACCUCGACCACUGCGGCACAGCCCGCCUUUGUUGCUUGGGUUUCGCAGCUCAACCUGACAUACACUCCCUUAACCAUUACUGGCCAGAAUGAGGGUUGGACGUAUCAGCCUGCUGGCGAAGUGUACGAGGGCGACCCGGCUGUCAACGGUACCAUGUUCGUUGCUUUGACUGAUACGAACAUGACCUUCACCGCUUUUAAUUUGUCAAACAUCAAUCCGCACGUUCGCGCUCUUGGGUUAUACACCGCUGGGUGAGCAACGUGUCGAACAGAAAGUGUUGUAUUUUGAAGAAUUAUUGUUGUUUAAUGAUGUAUGAUCGGACGAAGUUUACAGUACAUAAUAAGGCA